UCAUCUUGUCUCUCAAGUACGUCAAUUUGUCGCAUUGCUUCCAUGGCCGGCGAAAACCCUACACCAGCAGUCAAGCUGCGGGCUGCAUGCAACCAAUGCCAUUUCUCCAAGGUGAGUGGCGGCCAAGCAUCAUGGUUCCGCCUGGCAAGAAGCCUCGGAAGUAACAUGCAAGUGGGAUAUUGCAGGUCCGGUGUAGCGGUGAGAAGACCGGAUGCAGCCGAUGCUCCAACCUGGGUUACUCCUGCAUCUACGUCGAAUCUCGCGUGGGAAAAGUGCAAGGUAAUAGGUCCCGACGACGAGCAAUACAGCCAGAGAACGACAUCCAACGGCCAUCCAUGACGGCUGAAGCGACAGUUGCAACAGAGAGCAGUUCUUCCCCCUCGACACCGGCUGCCAGCACGCCCUUGCCAGCCAACACGCCGAUUACUUCGAGCAGCCUCAACAGUCUGAAUAGCCUGACCGGCGAAUUUAGCUUCGACGACUACCUCUCCACAGAUCCCAGGGGCCAUGAGAAUGGCAGUAUCCACUCGAAGCCCCCAUCCAAAGCGGAUGAAUGCUCGUUGCUCUGGGGUUUCGAGGACCUGCCCUCCGUCGGAACGCCUAUUGAUUGCACGGCGUCGGGCCAUGAUGCAACUAAUUUCCCGGAUCCCACCACAGCCGAUCUGAUGGCACUCACCUCCCCGUUCCAAUUCUCUCCGAGCCGGGGUCUCAGCUCCAGCGGGCUCGUUAAUCCGCAGGUAGACACCACUAUGAAGAGCGGAAACGUGAAUAUGACACAUCAUCCCUUCCACGCGCAUCGACAGAGCUCUUUCCAGCGCAUGGUCACCUGCACAGAACUAGUACAUGAACUCGAAUACUACAUCCACAUCCGGCUGAUGGCCGUGGACGAAGUCAUGCGCGUCAGCAAGCACUGCAUGGCACAACUCGUCCUACAUCUCGACUCGCUGAAGACCUACCCCAGCAUGAGUCUGCUGGGGCUCAACUGCAUCGCCUUGAACCACGUAGUCACUCUUAUGGAGAGUGCAUCUUCCUAUGUGAUGCUUCCUUCGGAGGCCGAAGAACCGCAGGGCCAUAUCCCCACCAUCAAAUUCGGGAACUACCGUCUUGAUCCGGAGCAAUACGUCGACAUCCAGGUGCAGCUGUUCAUGAAAGAGCUGGAGCGAUGUAGCCAGAUUGUGGAUAAGCUUGCUGGCCGUGUGCAGCAGAUCCAAGAUGACCAUCAGAAUCUGGCGACUAUCUACUCAUCAUGGCAGUCGGAUCUCCAGACACGGUUGCAGGCUUUGAGGCAGACGCUCGCAAAGUAACUGUGUCAUGCCCACCGUGUACCUGUUUCAACCAAAUAGCGAUCUAAUGAUUAUGAUGACCAUUCUUGGUUCUUGGGGUAUUUUUCCUGAUUACGGCUCAACCCGCGAAUACCCAACCGGGCGAUCUGCAUGAAAUGGAGGUGAAGUGCGUUGAUAGAAAGUACAAUUUGUACUCAUCGUGUUAAUCAAACGGUGGCGUUAAAUGCCAGGCCCUUUAGACCCAAAACGGUAAAGGAACAGGGAUCUGCA